CGAAGAAGAAUUUCAAGCCAAGGAUGAUUGUUCAUCCUCGCUUCCAGAAUAUAUAUGCAGAUGAAGCAAUGGAGUUAUUGUCUGUUAAGGAUGCUGGGGAAAGUAUUUUUCGUCCUAGUUCUCGAGGGCCUUCACAUUUAGCCUUAACUCUCAAGGUUUAUGAUGGAGUUUACGCUCACAAAGACAUAGUUGAAGGUGGAAAGGAGCCUAAGGACGUUACAAGCUUACUCCGUAUUGGGAAGACCCUGACGAUUGGGGAGGACACUUUUGAGGAUUUGGAUGAGGUGAUGGAUCGUUACGUUGAUCCGCAGGUGGCUCACUUGAAGGCAAUGCUAAACUAUCGCAAGUUCAGGAGGGGAACAAAAGCAGAAGUUGAUGAGCUUUUGUGGCUUGAGAAAUUGGAGUAUCCUAUGAGGAUAGCUUAUUGUUUCGGGAUAUCGCAUGAACAUCCAGGCACUAUCAUCCUGACCUAUAUCCGGAGUGCAAAUCCGCACCAUGAGUAUGUUGGUGUUUAUCCCAAGGGGUUCAAGUUCAAAAAAAGAAUGUUUGAGGACAUCGAUCGGCUUGUAGCAUAUUUCCAGCGCCAUAUUGAUGACCCUCGGCUUGAGUCAGGACCAUCCCUUAGAUCAGUUGCUGCUAUGGUGCCAAUGCGAAGCCCAGCAACUGGGGGGUUCUUCAGGGGAAUAUCUGGGCAGUGGUUGGGGUGGUUCAACCAAUGAGGGUGGUUGGAGAGGCCAGUCUUUUGACAGGGAUCUAUUAUCUACACCGAGUUCACA